UAGGAACUGAUGGUACUUUCCCCUGUGUUUUCUGGGGUCGGUGGCUUGACACGUAAGCUAUAAAAUGUUAUGCACCACGAUUUCUUCUCGUUGGAAUCCACUUACAUCGUGGCUGCCUCUCACAGCUGUGGCCCUUGGGGAAAACACUGGGUGAUAUGAAUUGGAUCCAGGGUGACCAACACUCUUCUGAAACAUAAACACCAAGAAUAGCUCCACUGUCCUAUAAUUUGGUCAGAGGCAACACUUUGACUACACAAAAAUCUUGUAGGGCCUAAGCAUUUUGGCAUAAUGCGUGAGUGUGCGCGAGAGAGACGAGAAAGGGGAGAGUCAUUGCGUGGGCGAUACAAAUCAACAUUGUCAACGAUGGUUCAGUGCACAAACAAUUAUUGUAAAUUAGGUCUAUAAUCUGACAAUUUAAUUUCCAUUUUAUGUUUGAUACGAAAAAUACAGAUUUCUAAUUGAGUAAUUAUUAAACUGUCAUUGACAAAAUGGAAAUUCAAAUCGACAUACACAGGCCUAAUUUACUAGAUUUUAGCCAUUGUCUGGCAAGCAACAGGAAAGUAAAAGCGCACAGGAUAACGCAAGCCCUUCCCUCUGUGUGGGAUCUCAGAAUGUGAGAUUUCGAACCAUGAGGGGGCAGGAGACACAACGCACUUGCACAUAACAGUAACUUGAAGUAGACUAUACAAACUUUUCAUUUGAGUAUGUUCAUUGGAAAUUAACUUUCAAUAGAACGUUUUAUCAAACAAAUGUUUACGAAACAGAAGCCGAGCAGGGCAUGGCUUUAACCAGGCUUCUGCUGCUCUACGUGUUUGCCACUGAGGUGUUGGAUGCAGAGACCAGACCGAUAGACUUUGUAUGUGACAGAGAGUCCAGGAGGGGCAUCAACACUGUGGUUGCGAUGGAGGCUGCUCUGGCAGAUUGUUAUGCAUUGUCAACUCUGCCCUUCCCAGUCCAGCUGCCCUGUAUCAAAGUUCACAAAGCAUCCUGGGACAACAAAUCACACCAGGAGAAGCAGGGGGACAUCAUGGCAUCUUUGGGGGCUCUAGCAGAAGGGGUGAGAUCUGUCAGGCUAGUGAGGAUUCUUCCUGGAUGUGCCUCUUCUCUGCUUGAACGACUGGAACACAGCAUCAACAACUACUUGCACAUACUCACACAUUUGGAGCAGGUGUCAAUGGUGAGUCCAGUGUUGUCCUGUGUUCCUCAGAGCAGCCAGAGUAUGAAGACAGUACUGUGGACCUACAGCCGAUUGAUUACAGGCAAGCUGGAGUGGCUUAUGUCUGACCUGAUAGACAGAUGUCCUCCCCUCGGACAGAAGUAAAUGCAAAUACUCUACUAUUAUAAUCACAGUUGUCGAACAGCAGUCACACUGUUUGUAAUAAAGCAAAGAGUCAAAAAGAUGGGCCCAAAUGUAACAUUUCAAGUGCAGUUGAAAGAGAAAAGAACCCCUAGAGAGGACUGAGAUACACCCCAAGUAGACAGGAGGACAAGGAGCUCCUCUAAAAGAAUGAACAUGUGAUGGCGUAUUGUUUGAAGGAUCGACAUACAUUACCCUCUGCUGGUCUUGUAGAGGAACUUCAACCCAGGAACACGUGGCCAAAAGACUGAAGGAUUUAUAUAUUUGCUAUGUUUCAGCUCAAAAACAAACAGGGACAGCUGUAUCAACUAAGGAAACCCCUUCAUACAUAUUGGACUAUUUUCAAGGAAUUCAUGUUUACAGAUGCCGAAAUUAACAUUUCGAAAUGUGAGCAACAUUCUGUAUUCCUAGCUGAAUGAGGUAGGGAGCGUAAACAAAGAGUGAAAUUAAAUUUGAGGUUCUCCUGUUUAAUUGUAACUUGUCUAACUACAUGCUUUUAUUGUUCUUCCCUUUGGGACUUAUUUGGUUUUCACAAUGUAUGCUUCAUUGGCUACCCGCAAUGUUUGGGGCUAUCUCGUUGUUAUGAUCAGUGACCUAUGCACGUUUGUAAAACUCUCUUGGAAGUCGCUUUGGAUAAAAGUGUCUGCUAAAUGCAUAAA